ACGAGUAGCGGAAGUGGAAGAUGCUGGUCGUCCAUCUUGGAAAUGCGGUCUACAAUUAUUUUAUAUACAUCAAUGGGCACAACAAGGGAAUAAAAUCACAGCACAUUGAGCAGAAGAACAAUUUAAAGCUAUCGAAUGUCAUAACAUAACAAAAAUAAAUAAAAUCUCAAAAUGUCUAAACUGGAGUUGUUCAACGCGUAUCUCAGUGAACGGCUGACUGCGGCGGCGAGGGAGAUAACAUCGGCAGUAGAGAGAACGAUAACAGACUAUCAGGACGAAAUCUCCCGUUACAAGGAGGACAACGAACGGUUACGACUGCUGCUGGAUUUCAAACCACAUUUACACUUACAUACAAAAGACCCCCAACAGCUCACCUUCACAGUCUCUAAAGAGGAGGUUCCCCCUGAGCAGCAGCACUGUGAACAAGUGUGUCCCCGUAUGGGGCAGCAGGUCCCAGAGCCCACACAGAUUAAAGAUGAACAGGAGGAAGAGCUGCUUCAAGAGUCUGAUACCAAAGACUUCAUAACUGUCUGUGUUGUGAGUGACUGUGAGUCCGUGAACACACGUCAUGCAUCCCACACUGUGGGGAGUAGAGACGGAGGUUCACCAUUCAAUAACACAACUGGAGGGAUACAGACAGAGCCCGGUGAUGAAGACUAUAUAGACUACAUAGUAUCAGAACCAUCCAGUCCUACAGCUCAGAGUGAAAACAGGGGGAGGGACACCGACAGGGAGAGCAUGGAGCUACCGCCGGGGUCAAAGCCACGGAAAUCACAAAGAAAACGGGAGAAGAAAGGAACAAGCGUUGUUGAAGAUGCUUCUCCUUAUUGCUGCAAGCUGUGUGGGAGGACUUUUGUCCGUAUGGGUUUUUUAGUUAACCAUGUGCAAAGAACACACACAAAGCAUGCUAAACAAUACCGUUGUGGUGUGUGUGAAGGAGUCUUGGACUCGAAAGAAAAUCUGACAGUCCACGUGCAAACCCACACUAAAGAGAGAACUAAUCCUCACUCUCAAACCCACACUGAAUCAAAACCUUGGCACAAUGCUCACCCUCAAACCCUCACUGAACCAAAACCUUGGCCCGGUGCUCACCCUCAAACCCUCACUGAACCAAAACCUUGGCACAAUGCUCACCCUCAAACCCUCACUGAACCAAAACCUUGGCCCGGUGCUCACCUUCAAACCCUCACUGACCCAAAACCUUGGCACAGUGCUCACCCUCAAACCCUCACUGACCCAAAACCUUGGCCCGGUGCUCACCCUCAAACCCUCACUGACCCAAAACCUUGGCACAGUGCUCACCCUCAAACCCUCACUGACCCAAAACCUAGGCCCAGUGCUCACCCUCAAACCCUCACUGAACCAAAACCUAGGCCUACUGCUCACCGGCAAACCUUCACUAAAGGAAUGCCCACUCCUCAACUUCAACCUGCAGCCAAACCUACUUGUCAUGUUUGUGGCAAGUGUUUCCCUUACAAUCAUAAUCUGAAACUACACAUGCGCACUCACACGGGCGAGAGACCGUUCAAAUGCAGAGAAUGUGGUAAAUGCUUCCGAUCUAAGGGAUAUAUGAAGGUGCACUUGAGGAAUCACACUGGAGAGAAACUUUUCCAAUGCAAAGAAUGUGACAAAGGCUUCCCUACCAAGCAAUACCUGACCAAACACACGCUGUUCCACACAGGGGAGAAAUCCUACCCGUGUAAGGACUGUGGGAAAGGCUUCGACCAGAGGGACGACCUUGAACAGCACCAGUCAACUCACACGGAGGAGAAGCCACAUGGUUGCAUAGAGUGUGGCAAAUGCUUUAAAGACACUUACCAUCUGGCCAGACAUAAGCUGGUUCACACAGGGGAGAGACCUUUCACGUGCACUGUGUGUGGACGGGGCUUCAGCACCCAAGGCAACCUGAAAGUUCACCAGCGGAUUCACACCGGAGAGAAACCCUAUCGCUGUAAACUGUGUGGUAGAUGCUUUACAGGUUUUGCUAGUCUUAAAUAUCACUUGAACACGAUUCACCAUUACGACGGUGUCCUUUAAAUGACGAGUCUGUCAGAAGGUGACGAACCAGAAGAACAUCAUUACACCAUUGUGGCUUUAUAGUGUCUUUUUGGUGGCAGAUGUAGAACAACCGUUAGGACAUAGAAUCUAUGAAGGAAUAUAUGGUAUACUCUUAACACCUUGAUUAAGGUUCAACAUUAGAUGUGCAACUCAUCUGACACAACGGAUAUAUAUAUAUAUACACAUACAUACUACCUUUUAAAAGUUUGGGGUCAUUUAGAAAUUCUUCAGUUUCUUGGCAAUUUCUCGCAUGGAAUAGCCUUCAUUUCUCAGAACAAGAAUAGACUGACGAGUUUCAGAAGAAAGGUCUUUGUUUUUGGCCAUUUUGAGCCUGUAAUUGAACCCACAAAUGAUGAUGUUCCAGAUACUCAACUAGUCUAAAGAAGGCCAGUUGUCAGCUAUGCUAACAUAACUGCAAAAGGGUUUUCUAAUGAUCAAUUAGCCUUUUAAAAUGAUAAACUUGGAUUAGCUAAGACGUGCCAUUGGAACACAGGAGUGAUGGUUGCUGAUAAUGGGCCUCUGUACACCUAUGUAGAUAUUCCAUUAAAAAUCAGCCGUUUCCAGCUACAAUAGUAAUUUACAACAUUAACAAUGUCUACACUGUAUUUCUGAUCAAGUUGAUGUUAUUUUAAUGGGCAAAACAUUUGAUUUUGUUUAAAAUACAAUGACAUUUCUAAGUGACCCCAAACUUUUGAAAGGCAGUAUACAUACAUACAUACAGUAUGAACAGUAUGAGAAAUCUGGACACCUACUCAUUCCAGGGUUUUUCUUUAUUUGAACUAUUUUCUACAUUGUAGAAUAAUAGUGAAAACAUCAACACUAUGAAUUAACACAUAUGGAAUCAUGUAGUAACCAAAAAAGUGUUAAACAAAUCUAAAUAUAUUUUAUAUUUGAGAUUCUUCAAAGUAGCCACCCUUUGCCUUGACGACAGCUUUGCACACUCUUGGGAUUGUCUACUCACUCAUGUGUUAUUUCAUAGUUCUGAUGUCUUCACUACUAUUCUACAAUUACAAAUAAAGACAAACCCCUUGAAUGAGUAGGUGUGUCUAAACUUUGACUGGUACUGUAUUUGUAAAUGUUUUUAAUGGGUGUAUCAGCUUGAAAAUGUUUCCACAGCUGUUGUGACUGUCACAUCCAGGAGGGGUUUGGAAACGUUUCCACAGCUGUUGUGACUGUCACAUCCAGGAGGGGUUUGGAAACGUUUCCACAGCUGUUGUGACUGUCACAUCCAGGAGGGGUUUGGAAACUUUUCCACAGCUGUUGUGACUGUCACAUCCAGGAGGGGUUUGGAAACGUUUCCACAGCUGUUGUGACUGUCACAUCCAGGAUGGGUUUGGGAACGUUUCCACAGCUGUUGUGACUGUCACAUCCAGGAGGGGUUUGGAAACGUUUCCACAGCUGUUGUGACUGUCACAUCCAGGAGGGGUUUGGGAACGUUUCCACAGCUGUUGUGACUGUCACAUCCAGGAUGGGUUUGGGAACGUUUCCACAGCUGUUGUGACUGUCACAUCCAGGAGGGGUUUGGAAACUCAUUGGUCCAAAGAUAAUAUGAUUUGAUGGAAUUUUAACACUGUGAAAACAUGUUUAACUUUGUAAAAUGUUUACGUGACCAAAAACUAGACUAAUAUAUGUAUUUAUCUAUUUCUCUUUUUGUUGCUUGUUAAUUUGCUAUGUCAUGUUCCAGAAUGGUCUUUUUGUUCAAUGUGCCAAACUUCUUCAGUAACAAGAUGGAAAGCCCUAUUACAGACCUGGUGUCCUUUUCUUCAGUGACAAGAAGGAAAGCCCUAUUUACAGACCUGGUGUCCUUUUCUUCAGUGACAAGAAGGAAAGCCCUAUUUACAGACCUGGUGUCCUUUUCUUCAGUGACAAGAAGGAAAGCCCUAUUUACAGACCUGGUGUCCUUUUCUUCAGUAACAAGAUGGAAAGCCCUAUUACAGACCUGGUGUCCUUUUCUUCAGUGACAAGAAGGAAAGCCCUAUUUACAGACCUGGUGUCCUUUUCUUCAGUAACAAGAUGGAAAGCCCUAUUACAGACCUGGUGUCCUUUUCUUCAGUGACAAGAUGGAAAGCCCUAUUACAGACCUGGUGUCCUUUUCUUCAGUGACAAGAUGGAAAGCCCUAUUUACAAACCAACACAUUUGUCGGACUAGACGUCGUCCUUAUGUGGAAAACCAUAUUUUCCGUAUCGGGGUUUCAGGGAUUCCCAAACUGUUUUACUCUCCUUCCACCGUUGGGGAAUAUCCCACAUCCGCCUCGUUGUUUCUAUGGGAACGAGCUUCAUGUUCACGACAAACUGUUUUACUCUCCUUCCACCGUUGGGGAAUAUCCCACAUCCGCCUCGUUGUUUCUAUGGGAACGAGCUUCAUGUUCACGACAAACUGUUUUACUCUCCUUCCACCGUUGGGGAAUAUCCCACAUCCGCCUCGUUGUUUCUAUGGGAACGAGCUUCAUGUUCACGACAAACUGUUUCACUCUCCUUCCACCGUUGGGGAAUAUCCCACAUCCGUCUCGUUGUUUCUAUGGGAACGAGCUUCAUGUUCACGACAAACUGUUUUACUCUCCUUCCACCGUUGGGGAAUAUCCCACAUCCGCCUCGUUGUUUCUAUGGGAACGAGCUUCAUGUUCACGACAAACUGUUUUACUCUCCUUCCACCGUUGGGGAAUAUCCCACAUCCGCCUCGUUGUUUCUAUGGGAACGAGCUUCAUGUUCACGACAAACUGUUUCACUCUCCUUCCACCGUUGGGGAAUAUCCCACAUCCGUCUCGUUGUUUCUAUGGGAACGAGCUUCAUGUUCACGACAAUCUGUUCACGUCCCUCUUGUUUCCCUCUUGUUUGCAGAGAGAACUUUGCAGGGUUGAACGUUUAUUUCCUGCAGUUCUACACAUUUCUUUUAAAUAUAUAUCUAUAUUUAUUUAUUUGGGAACCACUGUUCUAGAUCAUACUGCUCCGUUCCUUACAUGGGGCGACAGGGUAGCCUAGUGUUUAGAGUGGGGGCGACAGGGUAGCCUAGUGUUUAGAGUGGGGGCGACAGGGUAGCCUAGUGUUUAGAGUGGGGGCGACAGGGUAGCCUAGUGUUUAGAGUGGGGGCGACAGGGUAGCCUAGUGUUUAGAGUGGGGGCGACAGGGUAGCCUAGUGUUUAGAGUGGGGGCGACAGGGUAGCCUAGUGUUUAGAGUGGGGGCGACAGGGUAGCCUAGUGUUUAGAGUGGGGGCGACAGGGUAGCCCUGAGUGUUUAGAGUGGGGGCGACAGGGUAGCCUAGUGUUUAGAGUGGGGGCGACAGGGUAGCCUAGUGUUUAGAGUGGGGGCGACAGGGUAGCCUAGUGUUUAGAGUGGGGGCGACAGGGUAGCCUAGUGUUUAGAGUGUUGGGCUAGUAACCGAAAGGUUGCUUUUAUCGAAUCCCAGAGCUGACAUGGUAAAAAUCUGUCGUUCUGCCCCUGAACAAGGCAGUUAACCCACUGUUCCUAGGCCGUCAUUGAAAAUAAGAAUUUGUUCUUUAACUGACUUGCCUAGUUAAAUAAAGGAUAAAAUAUAUAUGUUGCUGAGACAAUCCAAGGAUAGUGGAUGUCCCCCUAGUGAAUUUGAUCGGUAUUACAUUUACAAAAGAAAACUCUCUAUACUGUGUCUGUCCUUGUUUUAUCCAGAAGAUGGCGCCAAAGUCACUGAGCAGGUGGGUCGGAGUUCAAUCGGUUCAGAUUUCUGUAUUUGUCGUCCAGAGGUAUUAAGAGGUAUUAAGAGGUAUUAAGUUUACAUUGCUCAUGUUCAGAUACAAACCUUUUUUUAGAACACAUCUGUUCUGCAGGAAAUGGCCCUCUGUAAACGUUAGUCAGUACAGUUCUUGUUUAAUGAUAUUAAAUGUUGUAUUUACCAUAGAACCAGUCCUGCCUGACUGAAUGUUCCCCGGAGAGGACUAAUAAAGUUAACUUGUUCUGUACUAUA